AUGGCUGCGUCUCAGCAAACUCACAGCCAGGCGCUCGUCAAGCGCCAGUCUGCGAGCGAUGUAUCUUUGAUGCCGCCGCCGCCGUUCAAGCGCAUCAAGAGACCGCCCAAAGUCCUCGACGAAGACGAAUACACCACCGCCCUCUCCGAAAUCAUCGCGCGAGACUAUUUCCCAGGCCUGCUGGAGAGCCAGGCGCAGCAUGAGUACCUGGCGGCGCUUGAUUCCGGGAACGAAUCCUGGAUCGCCGAGGCUGCGCAGAAGUUGAGGAAUGCCGGAGCGCCGUUCGCGGCGGCAGCAAACAAGAGGAGGUCUAGCGCUCGAAACACGAGAUUCGAUGACAGUUCCAGAAGCAACUUCCAUACUCCUUCUGCAACGCCACGAGGGAGAAGUACUGCCACGGCGUCCGGGGUCGCAGACACGCCGGUGGGAUUUUACGCGGGCAGCGAAACACCAGUGUCUGUGAGCGACAUCGGGCAAGAGCAGGAAGCAGGGGACGGAGGGAUAGAUACUUCGAAUCUCUCGCUCGGUGCGUUUCAGGCCAAAUACACGUCCGAGGACAACGAGUCGUUCAACACCCUUCUCGACAAACAGAACCUGAAACGCCGCCAGAAGCACGCCUACAUGUGGACGCAGGACCAGCGGGUCCCGUCGGCGCGGUUGAUUGCCUAUCGAGCGCAUAAAGAAGCGCGGUUGCUCAAACAACGUGGGGAGGAUGGGAUAGACCAACAAGAAACAGGAGACGCUACCGCUGCAGCAGGGACUGGAAGUGGAAGUGGAAAUGGAGGCAUUGCUAACAUUGCAUCAACAGACAACGGAGCGGACAAACAAACGACGACGACCAUGAAAGACAUGGUUAUUCCCUCCAUGACGACAGGUGCGACUGAUGCCCGUCCUGCAAGACCGGACGCCUGGCGCAUCAAGCGCCCCGACAACACCUUCAUGUUCCCCGCGACGUCGAUCGACGAGGAUGUGCCCGGUCUCCAGACCGUCCAGGAAGCCAAAGAGCAGCUGUCCAAGAUAGGGCCGAAACAUGUGAUGCACGCCAACACCCGCUUUCCACCCGUCCACUAUCUGGACGACGGACCUGUCCCGCCAUCGCCCUCGCUGAACACAGACAUCAUUGCGCGUCGAGAUGCCGCCAAGACGAAGAAGAAGGGCACCGCCGCCGCCUCUGAGUCUGAGUCCGACCUGGAGACUGCAACGGGGAUGGGCGGCGAAACUCCCCGCGUCAAUGGAUACGCGUUCGUCGACGAAGACGAGCCUGAAAACAUCAAGGACCCCGACACGACCCAUCCAAGCUAUCGCGACCUCCUGGCCGGACAGUUCGACGGCAAUGCGAUGCCGAAUCCAUUCAAGAUCGGCGAGAUCCGCAAACGCGAGGAACUGCAUUUGCGCAUGGUCGAGAACCAGGCCAAGCUGAAACGUGCCAAGGACAGAGACACAGUCCGACCUGUCCCUGGUGGUGUUGGUGUUGGCGGAUCGACUUCGACGUCUGGACCUCGAACUCGAAAUGACAACGCUACAAAUAUGACUCCUACUCCUACUGCAGCUGCUGCUGCUGCGGGAAACAUGACUCCCGCGGCGAGGAGGUUGAUGGAAAAGCUGGGCGGUCGCACACCCCUGAGGGCUGCUGCUGGUAAUGAUGACGAUCGCACUGGUGGUGGCAUCACUGCUAGUACUCCAAGAAAUAUGUGGACGCCUGUCAGGACGCCGAGACGGAAGAAGUGA